GUAAUUAUGCACCAUUUUUUUUCAAUUAAAAAUUGGAAAAUUGCGUCGGGGCAAUUUGAAAUUUUCAGUCCGCAAACCGUUCUCGCAAUGCCUAGCAGUGGAGCAGCUGGGAGAAGGCGGAUAACGUGCCGCGCAAAACCCUAAUCCUCUCCACAGCGUCUGAUUACAUUCAGGAUUUCAUUUUGUGGCGCUCAAAUUAGUUUCGAGCCCGAAAUGGGCAGAUUAAACUGGUUUCGGCUUCCGUCCAGAGCAUUCCUUCAGAGUAUUUUGUCUGGGCAGAGAGUUGUUGCUGAACCAGCAGCUGGAAACAGAAAAUGGAGCUGCGCUAUAACGCAAUUUCAACCAGCAUUGCUACAUAGUAGAUCUUUGUAUACUUCCAAUGUUAUUGGCAUCGAAGCACGUUUUGCAACUGGUGAAUGCCCAUCAUCAAGGCAUUUUAUCCACUCUACAGGAGUUUGUCAUUCCAUGGAAAAAGAUUAUUAUGACCUUUUAGGUGUCUCGAAAGAUGCCAGCAGAGAAGAAAUUAAAAAGGCUUUUCAUUUGCUAGCAAAACAGUUCCACCCAGAUGCCAAUAAGAAUAAUCCUUCUGCAAAGAGGAAGUUUCAAGAAAUAAGAGAUGCAUAUGAGAUUCUGCGAGAUCCUGUCAAGAGAAAACAAUAUGACAUGAUGAAGGAACAACCCAGAAAAACUGAAUAUUCAAACUUUGGUAAUGGGAGUGCUGAAGGAUUUAGAUACAAAGCAAACUUCAAUGAUUUCUCUCAUUCUUUCCAGAAAAUAUUUUCUGAGAUAUUUGAAAACGAGACAGAAACUUUCUCAGAUGAUUUUCAGGUGGAGCUUUCUCUAUCUUUUUCUGAAGCAGCUAAAGGAUGCACAAAGCAUUUGUCAUUUGAUGCAGAUGUUCCCUGUGAUAUCUGUAGCGGGCAUGGCUACCCACCAAAUGCAAAGACAAGAGUCUGUCCAACAUGUGAAGGCCUUGGGCGGGUCACUAUACCUCCGUUUACUGCUACAUGCAGUAAUUGUAAAGGAUCUGGAAGAAUUAUUAAGGAAAGUUGUAGGGAAUGUAAAGGAUCAGGAGUUGUUGGAGGCGUUAAAGAUGUCAAAGUAACCAUACCGCCAGGCAUGGAUUCUGGUGAUACUAUCCGUGUACAAAGAGCUGGGCACGCUGGGAGGCGAGGGAUGCAGCCAGGCAACCUAUUCAUAAAGCUAAAGGUUGAUGAAGAUUCUGUUUUUGAUAGAGAUGGUGCUGACAUUUAUAUUGAUGCUAAUAUCAGCUUUACACAAGCUAUUCUAGGCGGCAAGGUUGACGUACCAACUUUGUCUGGGACAACAUCAGUGAAGAUACCAAAAGGCGUCCAGCCUGGGCAGCUAUUGGUACUCAGAGGCAAAGGUUUGCCGAGGAGUGGCUUUAUUGUCGACCACGGAGACCUGUAUGUAAGAUUCCGCAUAAGGUUUCCAAAAGAAUUGAAUAAUAAACAACGAGAAAUACUUGAAGAAUUUGCCAAGGAGGAAAUUAUACAUGGAGAGAACAUGUAUUCACAAGGAAAUUGGUGGAUUCAGGUGCUGGAGAAGCAUGCAGUAGAGUUCUCACUUGUGUUCUUGUUUCUUCUGCUGCUAAUCUGCUACACAUUGUGACCCUUUAACGAGUGAAUCAAAAAGACGAGAAGAAGACAACUCGCCACCCACUGCAUUUUUUUGCCUCCCUGAUCUGCAGCUCAAUCCUCUCUAAGCUUUUGUGUUCUGUCGUUUGGUGGGAAAGAAUAUAGAUGACGAGAGGUACAACUUUCAUAUACUCCGUAUAAGUUAAGUUUAUACGCAUUGGUGCAUUGAUUACCGUUUGGCUAUCUUGUGAUUGUUAUUUUCUAAAACUGUGUUGACCUUUACAUAGGUGUAAAAUUAACUGGUAAUAAUAUGUAAAAUACUAUACUAGCUACCAGCUAAGAAUGUAAAAAAGAGAGGAAAAAAAGGGACCCCCUCAUUUACACCAGCUCUUCUACCAGCUAGGUUACUUAAAAUGUAGAAAAACAAAUGAUGUAUUACCACACACCAGCCUUAACAUCACCUUUUUUUGGCUCAUAGACACUCAUUG